AUCUCUAGCAUUACUCUGAAAAGAAAAUCUCUAGUUUCGCAUUACUUACUGAAAAUGUCUGCAGCAGAGUCUGUGAGCAUGAACAUGGAGGUAGUAGAGAGGGAGACACCAGUGACCAGCCUCAACUUGGAAGCUGGAAAUACUUCCAAAACCACAACCCACACCAGUAACACUAAGAUGCGUUGGAUAAGCACAUUGAGCCUAGCAUUUCAAUGCUUGGGUGUUGUCUAUGGUGACAUUGGCACAUCACCAUUAUAUGUCUUUUCAAGCACCUUUAGCAACAGAGGUAUUGGUAACAAGGAUGACAUUCUCGGAGUGUUAUCUCUGAUAUUCUACACCAUACUAUCAAUACCGCUGCUCAAGUAUGUGUUCAUUGUACUCAGAGCAAAUGAUAAUGGCAAUGGUGGAUCAUUUGCACUCUAUUCACUGAUAUGUAGGCACGCGAAUGUGAGUUUGGUUCCAAGUAAGCAAUUGGAGGACAAGGAGUUUUCUGAUCACAAACUCCAGAGGCUUGAAAAGAGUCAGUUUGCAAAGGUUAUACUUUUAUGUAUAACCAUCUUAGGAACUGCCAUGAUCAUAGGGGAUGGCAUUUUCACACCAGCAAUAUCAGUUCUUUCUGCAGUGAGCGGCCUCAGUACCUCAUUAGGUCAAGGUGCAGCUGUGGCGAUCACUAUAGUGAUUUUAUUCGUUCUCUUUUUCGUGCAACGGUUUGGCACCGACCGAGUAGGAUUGGCACUUGCGCCUAUUCUUUUGGUGUGGUUUUUAUUGAUCGGAGUGGUUGGUAUAUAUAAUGUACUCAAAUAUGACAUUGGAGUACUGCGUGCUGUUAAUCCAAUGUACAUAGUUGAGUACUUUCAACGAAAUGGUAAACAAGGAUGGGUGUCACUUGGAGGAGUCUUUCUAUGCAUCUCAGGAUGUGAAGCCAUGUUUGCUGAUCUGGGUCACUUCAAUGUGCGAGCCAUUCAAAUAAGCUUUUCUUUUGUCACAUUUCCUGCAGUACUGGCCGCAUAUUGUGGACAAGCAGCAUAUUUACAAAAAUUCCCUGAGAAUGUGUCCAACGCAUUCUAUGCUUCUAUACCUCAUCACCUAUAUUGGCCAACAUUUGCUGUCGCAGUUACUGCUUCUGUCAUAGCUAGCCAGGCCAUAAUAUCAGGAGCAUUUUCAAUUGUAUCACAGGCCCUAAGCAUGGGUUGUUUCCCCAAUGUGAAGGUUGUGCACACUUCCACUAAGCAUAAGGGCCAGGUGUACAUUCCUGAGAUUAACUACAUGCUCAUGAUUGGAUGUAUUGUGGUUAGUGCCGCCUUCAGAACCCCAGAAAAACUCAGUCAUGCUUAUGGGAUUGCAAUAAGUUGUGAUAUGAUAAUUACAACAUUCUUGGUUUCUGUUGUGAUGUUGGUUGUAUGGAAGAAGAGCAUAUUCCUGGUUGCUCUCUUCUAUUUGCCAUUCACACUCAUAGAGUGUGUAUAUUUAUCAUCACAACUUACAAAAUUUGCAGAAGGAGGGUUUCUUCCGCUUGUGUCUGCUUCUGUCCUUGCUGUGGCGAUGGGAACCUGGCAUUAUGCGCAAAAGAAAGCAUACAUGUAUGAAGUGAAGAACCAGGUUUUCACGGAGUACUUAAGACAGAUGGCCAAUGAUCCUAAUGUAAACCGUGUGCCAGGAAUCGGAUUCGUAUACUCUGAGCUUGUCCAGGGACUUCCUCCUAUGUUCCCACACUUGAUUGCCAACCUGCCCUGCAUCCAUUCUGUUGUUGUGUUUGUAUCUUUCAAGACAAAUCAUGUUAGCAGUGUUGCAAUGGAAGAGAGGUUUCUGUUUCAGCAGCUGGAGCCGAAAGAAUAUAGAAUCUUUCACUGUGUUGUGAGUCUUGGCUACACAGAUGUUCUUAAUGAUGCUGUGGAGUUUGAGUCCCUCCUAGUGCAGCAGCUUAAAUAUUUUUUUAUACAAGAAAACCUUUUGCUUGAGGAAACAACAACAGCAACAGAACAAGUACCUACUCCUCCUACUACUAGUGAGAGCGAAAUAGAAGAAAUCACAGAUCAAGGUUCUCUUGUUGUGUCUCCUUCUUCUUCUUGCUGCAUUCAAUCUGAGAAGGAGAUCAAAUUUAUAGAGGAGGAAAUGGAGAAGGGUGUGGUGCAUCUGCUAGGGGAGGCAGAUAUAAUUGCAGAUCCAAAAUCAUCUAUCUUCAAUAAGAUAGUUGUAAAUUAUGCUUACAGGUUCUUGAGAAAGAACUUUAGGCAAAGGGAUCAAUUGGUGGAAAUCCCUAGCAGGAGACUGCUCAAGCUGGGAGUAACAUAUGAAAUAUGAUGCACAUGGCAUCCAUAAAUGAGGAUCAUUGGCUAUUGUAACCAAUUUGAUGUAUAUAUAUAUUCCAAAAACAAAUAGCAUCUGAUAAAUUCUCACUUCACCAAAUGGUUAUAUAUUUAUUGGAGGAAACAAAACCUGGCACUGAUUUUG